GGGCAGACAACCAAGUCUUUUCGGGAAUUUUGAGACGCUUUCGGGAUAUUUUGGUAACGACAACUUUGGCCGUUGCUUUGCGCACCUCCAGUACUGCUGGCUGGGGUGCCAUUUUGUAGAAAGGGUUAAAGGUUAUCCGCAACGGAACAACUCACACAGCUCACAAUCUGCUAAUCCACAACAAAUCUCCAUGACAACACUACCGGCUUCAGGCUAUCACGUCGGCAAGAUACUGGCACGCCGUGUAGCUUCCCCAACCGUGGUGGUUUUGGACUUGGAAGUGCCGUCGUCCCUCCAAUUUCAACCGGGUCAAUGGCUGGAUUUUGUAGUGCCACCGUACGAGUGGGUGGGGGGAUUUUCAACCGCCAGUCAACCAGAAGAGCUCCCCAAAAUCACCUUGGCCAUUAAAGAAUCCAAUCAUCCACCCUCCCGGUGGGUGCAUUCCCAAGAAAGUACCGAGAUUGGAAGGACCGUGCACGUGCAAGUGGGAGGAACGUGUGUGCUGGAUACUACAACUCGACAGAAGAUUGAGACUCAACCGGUCGUCUUUUGUGCCGGUGGCAUUGGCAUUUCUCCCGUACUCAGCAUGUAUCGACAGUGGACGCAACUACUACAGAAAUCGAACAACCAGAAUCCUCCGCCAUCCUCGUUUCUCUACUCGGUUUCGACCGAAGAAGAACUAGUGUUUGGUGACGAGUUGGUGCAAACGUUGUUGUUGGCGCAUAACACUAACAGCAGCCACAAGAAUCGGCAUUCCCUCUGCUUUUCAUUGACCCAACAAACCGCAUGGAAGGAUUCUUCCAAACAGGAUUUGGAAUCCAAAGGAGUGCAAUGCCGAACCGGUCGUUUUAUGAAGGAGUUUCUGACAGAGGCAGACGAUACCUCAGCGUUCUACUUGUGUGGUCCACCGGCCAUGCUCGAUGAAGGGGUUGAUCUACUGCGAAAACGAGGGAUUGCAGACACCAAUAUACAUUUUGAGCGGUGGUGGUAAGAAUAAUAACAAUAGAAUAUUCAGCAAGUG